AUGAAUAUGCAAGAAUGUGAAGCACAGUGCUUAGCGAAUUGUACUUGCAUGGCUUAUACAAAUCCAGAUGCCAGUCUUGGAGGAAGGGGGUGCUUGCUUUGGUUCGGUGAACUUAUAGAUAUCCGAGUGUAUCCUGAAGUCAAGAGCGGUAGGGAUAUCUUUGUAAGAAUAGCUGCUUCCAAUGAAUCAGUUGCUCAAUUGAGUUACAUAAAGAAAAGAGGAGCAAACACUAAAAUCAUCAUACUUGUAAUCGUUGCGGGAGUUCUUCUUAUAGGCUUCACCACUUCAUGGUUGUGGCAUGUGCGGAAAGGCAACAAUCAUGAUGAAUCAAUGGAGGAAGGGGUUAUAUCUAAAAGGCAGGAAGAAGCCAUGGAGCUUCCACUAUUUACCUUUUCUAGAAUUGCUAACGCCACUGCCAAUUUCUCACCAGACAAUAAACUAGGAGAGGGUGGAUUUGGACCAGUUUAUAAGGGUGUGCUAGAACAAGGGCAUCAUGUCGCAGUUAAGCGUCUCUCCAGGAAUUCCAGUCAAGGACUUGAUGAGUUCAGAAAUGAAGUCAUAUGCAUUUCAAAACUCCAACACCGAAAUCUUGUAAAGCUUCUUGGAUGUUGCAUACAGGGAGAUGAGAAGUUGUUGAUCUAUGAGUACAUGCCAAAUAAAAGUUUAGACGCCUUUAUUUUUGAUAAAGCACAAGGCAUGUUUCUUGAUUGGACAAGGCGCUUCAAUAUUAUCAAAGGAAUAGCUAGAGGACUUGUUUACUUGCAUCAAGAUUCCAGAUUUAGGAUCAUCCACAGAGAUCUUAAAGCUAGCAACAUUUUACUUGAUCAGGAUAUGAACCCUAAGAUAUCAGACUUUGGCAUAGCUAGAAGUUUUGGUGGAAACGAGAGCCGAGGAAACACAGAAAUAGUUGUUGGCACAUAUGGUUACAUGUCUCCUGAAUAUGCUUUAGAUGGUAUUUUUUCAAUGAAGUCAGAUGUAUUUAGCUUCGGUGUCUUGGUGCUAGAGAUUGUGAGUGGGAAGAGAAAUAGACGGUUCACCCAACAAGAGAACAACAAUAACCUUAUGGGAUAUACAUGGAAUCUCUAUAAUGAAGGAAGAUCAAUGGAAUUGGUUGAUGCAACUUUUGCUGAAUCUUGCCACCCGCAGGAAGUUUUAAGAUCAAUCCAAGUAGGGUUGCUAUGUGUACAACAAAAUGCAGGAGACAGGCCAAACAUGUCAUCGGUAAUUAUGAUGUUAAGUGGCGAGCAUUCAUUCCCGCAACCUAAGCAACCAGCAUAUUUCAUGGAAGGUGAUUUAUUUGCUGCUAAUUUCUCAGCAAGUACUAAGCCAACAGGUUCGAUCAACGAAUUAACUAUCACGGAGGUGGAUGCAAGAUAA